AGAAAGACUCAUAUCAACUGCACAGUCUCAAUUUCCACAAAUUAAGAAAAAUGAACACCCUCUUGCUGCUGCUUUCACUUUCAGUUAUCCCAAUAGCCUUGUGUGUACCCAAUCCCUCAAGAUUCUUAGCAAGUUCAUCACCAUCUCCAGUUCUCGACAUCAAUGGCGACAAAGUACAAGUGGGUCUCAACUAUUUCGUGCUGCCAGUGAUCCGAGGAAGAGGCGGCGGACUCUUACCUUCCAACGUUAAGCAAAACAAUACUUGUCCUAGGGACAUUAUCCAAAAUUCUGAUGAGGUCCAAGAAGGUUUGCCUGUGGUUUUCACACCUUUUAAUACCAAAAAAGGUGUUGUUCGUCUUUCAACUGAUCUUAACGUCAGGUUUUUUACUCCAACUAUUUGUGCUAGAGAAACUAUUUGGAAACUUGGGACCUAUGACGAGAAUUUGAAGCAAUAUUUCAUAGUGACUGGUGGAGUUGAAGGAAACCCAGGGCCUCAAACAUUGAGCAGUUGGUUCAAGAUUGAGAAACUUGAGACGGAUUAUAAGUUUGUGUUUUGUCCGAGUGUGUGCAAGAUUUGCAAGGUUAUUUGCAAAGAUGUUGGUAUAUACACUAAAGAUGGAGUCAGGUUUUUGGCUCUCAGUGACACUCCCUUCAGGGUUAUGUUCAAGAAGAUUUUCUAAUCCUGCUUUUGUUACUCAUGCUUAAUUGGGACCUUUAUUUUCCAAUAAUUAAUGUUCUACUUUAAUGUAAUCUUGCUUGUGUUCCUUAAUUUGAACAUGAGAAUAUUGCGACUAAAUUUGGUUAUCUGUUUGAUUUUCUACUGUUUCCUUAAGGGUCUGUUUGGAAAGCCAUGUGUAAUUACUGGUUGUG